ACGUGAGAGAGCCGCCCUAAAAGAGAACUCUUCUGCUCCGGAGACUGCCCUUGUAAGGGAACUUGGGGGCGGGCCGGACUGGUAUUUAAAUCCUCCGAGGAGCUCAGAGAUCAGACGCUUGGCAGCAGCCUUAGUGGUAGGAGCCAGGAGAAAAGAGGGAGUGAUCGGGGUCCGAGAAUCCCGAGUUUCUCUAUCUGCUCACUCCUUGUGUGUUUGGUGUGACUCCCCCCACCAGACAGGGUCUCCUUCCUCUGCCCUUUCCAGGAACGAACAUGGUGAUGGAAGAGGUGCUGCCUAUGGAAAGCAGGGAGCUCCGGGGGUUGCUGGGGGACCCUCGAGAGGUGGACAGGACUCUGCUGCUGGACUGCCGGCCCUUCCUGGCCUUCUGUCAGAGCCACGUCCUGGAGGCCCGACCAGUGCACUGGAACGCCUUGUUGCGCCGGAGGUCUAGAGGGGCUACAGGAGUUCAUCUGGACUGGCUGAUCCCCGACCGGACCUUGCUGGACCGACUGAGCCAAGGGGAGCUGUCCCGAGUCGUGGUGCUGGACGAAGCUAGUGGCUCUGUGGCGGAGCUCCGGGCUGACAGUCUACCCCGAAUGCUGCUCACUGCCUUGCUCCAGGAGACUCGAGCUGGACCCACCGCUGUCUGCUUCCUACAAGGAGGCUUCGAAGGCUUUCAGGCCAGUUUCCCAGAUCUGUGUUCAGAACCUCCUGCGCCGUCUUUGCCUCCACCUGUGACUGAACCAGAGAGCAGCCGGCCAGGCACUGGGACUCCUUUCUACGACCAGGGUGGCCCUGUGGAGAUCUUGCCCUUCUUGUACCUGGGCAGUUGCAACCAUUCUUCAGACCUGAAGGGACUUCAGGCUUUGGGCAUCACAGCUGUGCUCAAUGUCUCUGCCAGUUGUCCAAACCACUUUGAAGGCCUUUUCCGAUACAAAAGCAUCCCUGUGGAGGACAACCAGAUGGUUGAAAUUAGUGUCUGGUUCCAGGAGGCCAUUGGCUUCAUUGACUCAGUGAAGAAUUCUGGGGGAAGAGUCUUGGUACAUUGCCAGGCUGGCAUCUCACGAUCAGCUACCAUCUGCCUUGCAUACCUGAUGCAAAGCCGCAGGGUGAAAUUGGAGGAGGCCUUUGACUUUGUCAAGCAGCGUCGAGGGGUCAUCUCCCCAAAUUUUGGUUUCAUGGGACAGCUUCUGCAAUUCGAAACCCAAGUGCUCUGCCACUAGGAGGGGAGGUUGCAUUCCUGCUUCUCCUAACCCCUGUAGCCCUCUAGACUACCAGUCCAAAUGUGGGAUCAGUCUUGUUGCUUUCUGAGAAAGGACUCUUGCUUUGACUCCUGCCAGUAAGGACUUUCUAGUUCAUUGGGGAAAGUCUCACUUGAAAGGUGGAGAGCCAGGCAAGCUGAGAGAACUGAUUCUCUCUUUGGGGGGCUACUCCCUCCCCUCUUCUGGGCACUCUUUCUCUGGAAAGUUGCCUUCCCGAGCUGUGAAUGGUACUAGUGGGAAGGAAAAGAACAUGAAGAAAGACAGCAUGCUGUGUGUCCUGAUUUGGUGCUCUUCUGCUCUGGGUGUGAAGUCAAAUUCUACCUUCUAAUCAAGGAAUGGGGAUGAAUGCUAGAUCUUCUCCAUUCCCCAUCUCCCACUCCUCAACAGGCAGAAAUUAAUUGGGCCCCACACACAUCCAUUUCUUCCUGCCUUCCUGGCCCCUGACCCUGGUUUUGGGGUCAACUGCCAAAAUUCUGUACUCCCUCAUCCCCAUUAGCCCCUUCACCAUGAGACUCACUACCAUUUUUCACCCUGGAUAUCCUCCAAACCCAAGCCACUGGGGCACCUUCUUCUGAACCCUAUGCUGUGAAAACCAGGAUGCCCUGAAGUUUGGGGUAGGGGGAAGGGCCUACCCAGGAUCAGAGGGCCUUGAGAAUGAGCCCAACUCAUGAUGAUUAUAGAGAAUUCUGGGAGUGUUGGAUGACUCAGUGGACGAAUGUGCUCUAUCACCAGCAUUUUCCUUACGUGGGAAAGCAAUAUAGCCUCUGUAUGUGUGUGUUGUACAGGAAAACUAUUUAUGUUUAACUGACAUUUACAACUCCCCCCUCUGCCACCUCCCCCACUUCCCCCCAAGCCCACAAGCCUUGUGGGCGGGCUUGGAAAAUUAGCACUUUAUAUUUAUACAGAACAUUGUGGAUGUUUUAAUAAAACAUUGUUUUGGUUUUUUUUUUUAAGAAAAAAACAAACACAAAACAACCCUAUGUUUCCUGUCUAUAUAAGGGCAUGAAGCGAUGCAUAAGCUGUUUCUAAAUCAGACCUCUCUUUCUCUUCUCAUCCUCCCCUGGAGGGAAGGAGAAAUAUCUGGGUGUGGGGUACAGAGGCAUAUCUCCCAGAGACUUUAUUUCCAGACCCUGGCUAAAUCCCUAAAUGGCUUGAUUUUUUUUUUUUAAUGAAGAGGCUGGAUCAUUUAAUCAGAGAGAGGGGCACACUAGCUACUCCUUUCUUUCCAAUAGCAGCUAUCAUGUAGGAUAAUACCUGGCACAUAGAAGGCAAUUCAUUAAUUCUUGUUGCCAUCUCCUCUUCCUUUCUUGCGGGGAGGGGUGGUGGUGGUGGUGGUGGUGGUGGUGGGGUAGGUUAUGAGAGCCUUUGAAGCCUCCAAUCCCCAUGGCAAAUCUAGGGCUAGAGAAAGAGGUGGCAGGAGAAGAAGGUUCCCUGAGCUAUUAGGGGAAGUGGAGCUCUUGGUCUCCUGGAGGGGUUACUUUCCCCUUUUCUGCCUCUGGUGGGGGUGUUGGAAGUGUUGCUAGGAGAGAUAAGUGGGCCCAGAUGGAUACAGAAACAACUCAGACUAGGAGACUAGCUGCUGCCCUGGGCCAGACAGGAACAGCCUUGCUCCAGGCAGGAGUCCUGGGAACUCUGAUUUUGGGAAAAUGCCUAACCUCACUUUCCCAUUCCCCAAGGCUGAAAAUCCUCUUGGGUCCUCUUCCACACCUUGAGCAAGAGUAGCCCCAUCACACUGGACUCCUUCCUCUCCCAGGCCCUAUCAGGUACCUCUGUUCCCUACUUCAGUUCUGAGUCAGAAGCUUAUGUGAGAAGGAUGAAGAGAAUUAGGGCUGCGAACCUAACUGCUCAGCUUCCUGGGGGAGCAUUGCCAAGAGAAAAACAAUAUAUUUACAGCACAGUCCAUUCUCCAGCAGCCCCAUUAGGUAGGAAUUUGUAGCUCUGAUUUAUCCCUCAAAACUCAGACAGGUUAAGUGACUUGCCAGGUCACACAGUGGGAGAGCUAGGACUAAAACCCAGCCUCUAGAUUAAAAGUCUAGCACUUUUAUUUCUUUUUUUCCCAUCAAAACUGUAUCAAAGGGAGCUGCAAGGUGGCUCAGUGGAUAGAGCCAGGCCUGGAGGCAGGGAGGUCCUGGGUUCAAAUUUGACCUCAGAUACUUUCUAGCUGUGAGACCCUGGGCAAGUCACUUAAUCCCAGUCACUUUUUUUUUUAAACAAUAGAUAAAUUUUUAAUAAGGAAAUGCUCAACCUUACUGAUACUCAACUUUUACUGCUCUUCUGCCUUGAAACUGAUGCUUAGUGUUGAUUCUAAGAUGUAUACAAAAACCAUACUAAAGAAAACACCAGGUCUUGGGUUCAAAUCCAAAUAUCAGACACUUUCUAGCUGUGUGACCCCAAACAAAUCAUUUAACCCCCAUUGCCUAGCCCUUACCACCCUUCUACCUUGGAACCAAUAUGCAAUAUUGAUCCUAAGACAGAAGGCAAGAAUGAAAAAAAAAACCCAACACUCAUUACUUUGAGUAAUGAUAGGAAUUGUGAGUGGGAGGAUAUGCCUUCAUUCUGUAACUUCAUUUUCUCUAUUUCUUCAUUUAUAAAAGCAUCUAGGUGAUGCAGAGGAUGUAGUGCUGGGCUUGGAUUCAGGAAGAUCCGAGUUCAAAUUAUGCCUCAGACCUUGGGCAAAUCAUUUACUUUGUUUGCCUCAGUUUCCAUGUCUGUAAAAAAUUUGUUAAGUGUUUAGCAUAACACCUAGCACAUGGUCGGCAUUUAAUUCCUUUCUCCAGGGAAUGGAUUAUUGGAGCCUCAGUGGCCUCUAAUCUCUAUCUUAAACCUGAGGCUAGGAGAAAGAGGAUGGAGGUCCUUGAGCUAUUGGGGGCAGUGGAGUUAUGGGUGAAUAAGACUGAACCUCUAUCUCUUGGUCUGAAGGAGUAUAGAUGAAUGCAGAAGAGCAGAUUGGCAUCAUAAAGCUAGAAGCGUGUUUAGCAUCAGUAACUGUGUGACCAUGAGCAAAUUACUUAAUUUUCCUGAGCCUCAUUUUCCUAAUCUGUAAAAUGAGAAUAAUAAAUUCCCACUAAGUAAGGUCAUUGAUUUUGGGGCUGGAGGUAGGGGAAGCCCCAUACUCUAUAAAUAUAAAUUAUUCUUCUUUAGGAGUUCCUCCCUCAGAAAGUUCUUCUGUAGCUAAGCAAUAUUACUAAUGUUUUCCACUAGUAUUGCUGCAUCUGGUAUUUCUAUCUGUGAAACAACAUAGGGCACUAAUCAUAUUAAUUAAGAACUAAAUUAUGUGGCAAAGAAUAUAGGGAUUCAGAGAAGGUGGGAGACUCAAGAGUUGGGUUUCUUAACCUCUUCCCAUUCCAUACCCUCAUCAACUUCCUGCUUUCCUUCUGCUGGUAGAUGAGUGGAGGAGUGGUCCUUAGGUGAUAGCUCUUGUGCCCAUCCCAUCUCACAAUCACAUACCUACAUAGUUCCUUCCAUUUUCUUCCUGGGCCAGAGGAAACUGCAGGGUUUAGUAGGAUUAAUCAAUAAACAUUUCUAGGGCACCUCAGUGCCUUAAGGAAGAGGCGUAGUGUGGUAUAACAAAGGGAAAGAACUAUUGGGUCCUGGAGUCAGAGGAACUGAGUUUUAAUUUGUUGUUCAGUUGUUUUCGGUUGUGUCUGACUCUUUGUGACUCCAGUUGGGGUUUUCUUGGUGAAACUGAAGCAGUUUGCUUUUCCUUCUCUAACUCAUUUGUCUAAAUGAACAAACUGAAGCAAAUAGGAUGAAGUGACUUGCCCAGGGUCAUGUAGCUAAUAAGUGUCUGAGACUAGAUCUGAACGUGGGAAGAUGUGCCUUUCUGACUUGAGGUCCAGGGCUCUUUAUCAUCUUGCUGUCCUUCGAAGGUUUUGCUUGCUUGUUUGUUUUAAAAUUUUUAUUUUUAAAUAAUUAAAAAACCUUUACCUUCUGUCUUAGAAUUGAUACCAAAUAUUAGUUCCAAGGUAGAAGAAUGGUAAAGGUUAGGCAAUUGGGGUUAAAUGACUUGCUCAGAGUCACAAAGAAGUGUCUGUGUUCAAAUUUGAACUCAGGACCUCCUGAGUUCAAGCCUGAGUCUCCAAGCCUGGCUCUCUCUCUACUGAACCACCUAACUGUACUCCUUUAGUGGGUUUUAACAUUACUGCUACUUUAGCCAAGCUAUAUAACCUUUUGGGAGUUCCAUUCUCCUUAGGUUCAAAGUGUAGGAGGUUAUUUCUAGUUCUAAAUCCUAUGAUAUUGUUUAUCUUGGUAUCUCCCUCCAUCCCUCUCUUCCUUUAAGACCCAGCUUAAACCUUUGAUUCUGUAUGAAGACUUUCCCGAUUUCCCCUCCCCAACUGUGGGCACUCUACCUCCCAACCUACAUUGUAUUUAACUACUUGGCAUAGAUUUAUAUGAAUUCUACAUUCAUUUUUACCAUCUCCUAGUUUUCUUUCUCAUUAAAUGCU